AGAGAGGAGUCAGGUCCUUUCUCAGAUUCUGAUCAGCGCUUGUGCUCUUUGGCUUUCGGAUCCGCGGAGAAGCGUUGGGCGCAGUCUUCCGCUGUAUUGAAUAUUUGCAGUUUGUGAGGUCGGUAAGGAUUGCCGAGGUUGGUCCUAAUUCACUGGAAAAAAAAAUUGCAAGAGUUGAGCUACUUUGUUCACGGAGAUACCCGGAGUCAUUAAACAUACAUACAGAGGAAAAGGCGCUUGUCAUCCGUUGUCAUUUUUUGAACAUAUAUUAGUCAGAAAUGUCAAUGCACAGCACAAUGUCAUUUGAAAGUGCGGACACUGAAGAGACCGUAACUUGUCUCAACAUCAAUGUCUAUCACCCCCAGGCAACAGUAUUUAAAUCCCUGAAUUACACUGGCAAACAGAAAUACCGAGUGGAGGAAAUGGUAAUGUUUGGCCGUGAUUCCAAAGUGUGUCAUUUUCCUCUCGUGGACAAACGUGCCUCUCGAAUGCAGUUUGCUAUCCAAGCUUUUCGAUACAAUGAGAGCUCAGAACUCUGUUUUGAAAUCAAAAAUACAAGCUUGAAGACUAAAUUAUUUGUCAAUAAUGCAAGUCUGAAUCACCUUAAUAAGAUCGAUUUACCAAGGAAAUGUAUUUUGCGAUUUGGGGAAUACCAAUUCUAUAUGGAAAAAGAUGACGGAGAAGCCAGGGAACACUUUGAAAUCUUCAUCAAAAUUUCCCUAGUUCCAUUUUGCCAAGAGGUCAAUGUGGAGACCUUAACAUACCCUGUACCUGAAAUUGGCACUGUGAGGAUCACAGAUGUUCCAAAUCUUCAAUUUCAGAUGGCAGUGGAGUGUGAUGAAAAUGAAAUUGAAUAAAUUAGCACCUCAUGACAGCUUACUAGUCAGCAUGAGUGGAGAAUUUGAGCUCUUCUUUAAGUGGUAUCCAGAUAACACUGUGAUUUAUGGGCAUGGAGAUGUGACCUGACAAAUGAAGUUCUUAAUUGUGGACGGAUGAUGAGACCGAAUAAAUGAACUCAAUUAUUGUCCGUUCUGAACUAUGCUGGAUACUUCAGCUAUCCUUACUAAUUUCUGUACAAGAUAAUUCUGACAUUGUUUAUCCAGCAUGGAAACUAUUGCUUUUUGGAAUUCUUGUAUUUACAUUUUUAUCCAAUAUCCUGGGAUGUAUUAGCUGGAUUUUGGGAUCAGACUCAAAGUAACCACCCAAAACAUUUUUGUGUGAAUGGCUUGUUAUUAGUGGUUAAUUAACCCAAACUCUCACUUAUUCUGUAAUUGUUGUUUGAUUUUUUGCAAGUCAUGAAUAAUGCUGCAAGGCUUUUGAAUAGCAUAGACAUAGCAUGUGAUUUACUGCAACUUCCAAAUUAACUUGCUAACUACGUGCAUACUAUAUAAUUGGUAAACCUCCAGUAUGUGCAGUAAUGGUGACUGCUAUAAAAUAGAGCGGUUAGAAUCUUGAAUUCUUCUGAAAUGUAAAUAAUUUUAUGUGCGACUUUUGAGAUACUGCAAUCCAUCUACAGGUUACAUUUCAAGUUGAUGUACUUCUUCAGAUCUAAUGUACCAAUUUAUUUUAACUGACUUUGCAUUAGGUCAAUGAUCCCAAAAGCCAGUGAACAAUGACCUAGUACGGGGAUUUCUCUAUUCUGUUUAUCCACUAUGCCAUCUGAUCAAGGACAUUCUGACUCCUCCUUUUCCACCACCCUCCCGUCUCCCUCGCCCUUUUUCACUCCAGUAUCCAUUCCUUUUUCAUAAUCCUCCAUGUUCUGCUUUUCCCAUUAAAUGUGAGUUUUCAAUAAAUAUCAUUAUAACUACUUUGUUUUCUAACAAUCUGCUACUCUUUGUAUCGAUGCAUUAUGUUGUCUUAUCCAACAACAGCACUGACAACUCUUUGUCAGAUUCCUACCUCAUUUUCAGCUAAAUCUAGAUUUUAUGUUGCCUGCUUGCAUUUAAUAAUAAGCCCUUUUUAAUACUCUAAUAGCUUCUUUCAUCACAAAUGUUGCUACUUUUCUAAUCUCCCUGAUUUGUGUAAAUUAUAUUUUAUAACUUGGAAUAUUCAUCUAGCUAUGCUCAAUUUGUAACC